UGCUCAAUACACGCGCUGGUUUGUGUUGAUGUCCACACCCCGUCCUCACAGCACAGAGGAGCACGGGAGCGAACCGGCCGGGGAAUAGAUGAGCAACGGUAACCUUUUCGGACUGGAGUUAUUGUGGUGUCGUUAAAAGAAGUGGAGCAGUGAGCAUCACAUCAGCAGUGAGCAGUGGAAGGUUGUGUCAGGUUCACAGUUGUCGAAGCCCCGACAUUCGUCAGACGCUCUCCCGAUGGCGUCCAACACCAGCAUCCCCGCUCCGCCGCCCCCCUCUUCCAUGUCCGUCAGCGCCCAGGUGGGCAUCGCCAUCCUGACCCUGGCGUUGGUGCUGGGCCUCCCCGGCAACCUGUUUGUGGUGUGGUCCGUGUUCUGCCGGGUCAAGAAGCGCUCGGUGACCUGCCUGCUGGUUCUGAAUCUGGCCGUGGCUGACUUCACCGUGCUGCUGGGCGCCCCCCUCUUCCUGCGCUACCUGGCUGGGGGCCGCGGCUGGCAGUUCGGCUUGGCGGCGUGCAAGCUGGUGCACUACCUGUCCAGCGUGAACAUGUACGUGUCCAUCUACCUGAUCUGCCUGAUGAGCAUGGACCGCUGGCUGGCCGUGACGAAGCCCUUCCUGUCGAAGAGGAUGAGGACCAAGCAGAGCCUGCUGGGUCUGCUGCUGGCGGUCUGGGUGCUGGCGUUCGUCCUGUCGCUGCCGAUGCCGUUCUACCGCAACCUCACUUUGAGCUUGUGUAUACCGUACCACUGGAACAGCGUGGCCCACCGGGUCUUCCAGUACCUGUUCGAGACCAUCAUGGGCUGCGUGGUGCCGUUCACCCUCAUCAACACCUGCUACUUCUCCGUCUUCUGCCGCCUGCAAAGCGCCAUGUUCCAGCGCAGAGCACAGAGCAGCCGCCUCAUCCUGCUGAUCAUCGGUGCCUUCGCACUGUUCUGGCUGCCGUAUCACGUUGUCAACAUCAUAGAGGUGGCCGGCCUGUUGCAGGGCAGCCCUACGGUGAUCGCCGCCGCCCUCAGAGGGCGCCCCAACGUCACGGCCUUCGCUUACUUCAGCAGCGCCGUCAACCCCAUCCUCUACGUGUUCGCCGGCAGCUCCCACAUCCGCCAGGCCGGCCUCGGCUUCAUGGGCAAGCUCUUCGACGCCACCAACCCGGGAGAGCCGGAGCAGCUCCACCUUCAGCCCCAGCGUCCGGGUGAAGAAGCUAAAUCUUAAGAUUGUAAACCUGUCAGGCAAAAAAACAAGCAAUGGGUUUAGAGUGAAGUCUUCAUUCAUUUCUUAAUAGAAAGAGAAUGCAUGAAGAAAAAGGGGCCUUGCACACACGCUCACUUCUAACUGCAACGAACCCACAAAGCUGAUGUGAACAAUUAAAUAGGACAAAUCUAUUGCGAAAGGCAGAGGGCUCGUUGUGGCUUGUGUGACCUCGUUGGGAAUUGUUUCGGAUUAAUGUGGUUGAAUAAUGUGUAGGGGUUGGCAAGCAGUACACAGCAGUACAAUAAUAAUAGUUUGCGUUCUCGGAAUUUACACAAAGCUCGCUUCCGUUGUGUGACGUUGGGGUAACUGCUUUAACGCACAAUGCGCGGUGUGUCCUGGUGUGUGACGUGCCCAGGUGAAGAUCUCCCUUCGUACGCUACUGGGGCUUUGCAGAGGACCACAUUUUGAAAGCUUUGACCAUCAUGAGAACAAGUACCACAUCAGGUUUGGGUCAAGCGUCUCUUUGACAUUUUAGUGGCAAAGUUACAACAGCUCUAUUCUUUAUUUUUGAAUCAUACUUGCCGCACACACACAUUUUAACUUCAAAUCACUUGACAAUUUUAUGAAAUAAAAGAUCUUCUGAUUUGAAAUGCUGGUAUCAACGUACGUUUGCCAUGGGGGUCAUUCUUCUUUAUUCCGCCAGGUGGAGCCAAAGUGAGAUCUUUCAUAUCGUGCAGAAGGAGGAAUGCUGUAGCAACAAUAUUAACUGCUCACCUGUUACAAAAGUUCCAUUGGACAGCAAAUAGCAACUUUCAUUUAAAGUAGAUAUCAACCCUGACAUCUUAAAAAAACAAAAAAAUCACACUCCAAAUCAAACUAUUAUUUACUAUGUUAAAAUCUCCAUUAAUGAUUUAGGACGUUUCUCAAGCAUGCAUACAGGCACGUGAUGGCCACGCUAGAUGUUGAGAAGCAUUUUGAGGUGAAGAAAUUUAAUAUUGGUCAAAUGGACUAGCCUGCCACAGUAUUAUUUCACUUUGAUCUUGGGAUUCUGUAGCCUGAAAAUUUUAUUUAAAUAAAUAGUGGUGGCAUUCUGUUGUUCCUUGGACAUUGCACUGUCCACAUCAGAAUAUUCAUCCAUCAUAAUUUCUUUCACAUUGA